AAUGACUUCUGCUAGUGUAAAAACAGUACAAAAAUCCUGGAUUUCAGCAUAGCUCAAACGUAUUAUAGUAAAACUAGCAGAAAAAGUAGGUCCUCCUACAUUUUUAAAACGUCUUUUAUUAUGAAACAUAUUUUGAGUCUUGAGUAACGUUGGCAACACAAGCCAAUUGAUCCAAGACUUUUGAAAGCAAUCGAAUGCCCCAGUUGGAUUGUGGGAUUUGUUUGACCUAAAUGGCUAUUUCUUUGUGAGGUUUUGCUGGAAACGACCAAAAAUUGUUUGUAGAGUUUAAAAACUGCAUUUAAACAUACCUUUUUCAAACGAAGGAAAAAAAUGAAUGAGGAAAAAAAAUAUCGAUUUCCAAUAAUUGGGUUGAUUAAGUAGCUUCAUUUUCGAUCCCGGAAAAAACAAAAACAAAGGGAACUUGGAAGUUUCGUCCUCGGCGUUUCUACAAGAUCUAUCUCUAUAACAACGGUACCUGUUCAACCACAGAGAGGCGGCUUCCCGCGUUCUCAUUUUGAGGAGCCUACAUUGUGGAACGUGAUGACGACACAGUGGGCGUGGCGUACAUUCCGAACUACAAGGAAGCAGUGGCUCUGCCCGGCCGGUGCAGCGGUUCAUAGUUAAGUCAGCCGUUGGUGAGCGAGUCCUGCUGCGGGCGCUCGUCUCCGGUGUAGCAAGACACCUUCAGCUUUGGCCGCUGCUGCGCUGCUGGUUGUGCUCGCUGAAGUUGAAGUCGUGUCAUCUACGGGCCGCGAGCCUUGCCAGUAGCCCAGUGCAAUGGAAAGCGGCGGGAGCGGGUCCGGGUUCGUGCGCGGAGCCGCUCGAGAGAAGAAGAAAGGCAAGAGUGCUGAUGAGUCUUCGGUAGCAGGAGAGCCAGGCGGAGGAGGCGGCGGCGGGGGGAAACCGCGGAAAUUUAAUUUGAAGCGUGUAAUGGCAGAUGAGCUUGAGAGAUUCACCAGUAUGAGGAUAAAGAAAGAGAAAGAAAAACCCAAUACAACAUAUAGGAAUUCAUCUGCUUCAUACUCGGAUAUUUCUGGGACAGGUCAAACUUUGCAGGAUAUCUCUGAUGAAGAUGUACUUGUUCUCUUUGAGCAGAUGCUGGUGGAUAUGAAUCUAAAUGAGGAAAAGCAGCAGCCUCUAAGGGAGAAAGACAUUAGUAUCAAGAGAGAAAUGGUGUCUCAGUACCUGCAUACUUCUAAAGCUGGCAUGAGUCAAAAGGAGAACUCGAAAUCUCCUAUAAUGUACAUUCAGGAACUAAAAUUUGGUCUUAAAGAUGCACAGCUCCUUGGUUGUUUGGAGUCUCUACGUGUGUCACUCAAUAACAAUCCUGUCAGCUGGGUGCAAAAUUUUGGAGCUGAAGGUCUGAAUUGCCUGCUGGACAUAUUAAAAGGUCUUCACGAUGAGAAGGAUGAGUUUUCUGGGUCAUAUGACUUCAGGAUCCAACAUGAAAUUAUUAGGUGUUUAAAAGCUUUCAUGAACAACAAAUUUGGAAUUAAGACAAUGCUUGAAACAGAUGAUGGGAUUCUACUUCUGGCAAAAGCAGUUGAUCCUAAAGUCCCUACGAUGAUGAUUGAUGCUAUCAAGCUACUCUCUGCUCUCUGCAUCCUGCCUCAGCCUGUGGAUAUGCACGAGCAAGUUUUGGGAGCAUUGACUGAACGUGCAGAAAUGGAUGAAGUAGAACGAUUUAAACCCAUUGUGGAUGGCCUGAAAAGUGGAACUUCGGUAGCAUUAAAGGUAGCUUGUCUACAGUUGAUCAAUGCUCUAAUCAUCCCAUCAGAUGAACUCGACUUCAGGCUGCACAUCCGCAGUGAAUUAAUGCGCUCUGGACUGCAGCAAACCCUGAAGGAAUUGCAUGCUCAAGACAACGAGGAGCUGAAACUGCAGCUGCAGGUAUUUGAAGAAUAUGGUGAAGAAGAUUCUGCAGAACUCAGAGGCCGCUUGGAAGACAUUCGAAUUGAAAUGGAUGAUUUCAAUGAAAUCUUCCAGAUUCUCCUAAACACAGUAAAGGAUUCUAAGGCAGAACAACAUUUCCUCUCAAUUUUACAGCACUUCCUGCUAAUCCGCAAUGACUAUGAAGCCAGGCCUCAAUAUUUUAAACUAAUUGAUGAAUGCAUUUCACAGAUAGUUCUGUUCAGGAAUGGGGCUGACCCAGACUUUAAACGCAAACACUUUGACAUUAAUGUUGAGGCCUUAAUAGAUAACUUGAUUGAUCAAACUAAGGUGGCAAAAAGUGAAGCUAAAACCCUGGAAUUGGAGAAGAAGCUGGAAUCUGAAUUGACUGCACGUCAUGAAUUACAAGUUGAAAUGAAGAAGAAAGAAAAUGAUUUUGAGGAAAAAAUUCAAAAUUUACUUCAGGAGAAAGAAACAGUGACAGCUGAGAAACAGCGUAUUAUUUCAGAGAACCAAAACUUAGAAAUUAAUAGCUCUUUGUUGAAUGAUGAGAUUGCUCUACUGACCAAAGAACUUGAAGAUCUUAAAAAGAAAAUGGAGCAAAUCAUUUCAUCUACGUGUUUCCCACCACAGCAACCAUUACCUACCAGGACAGAAAGUCACCAGAUCCCUUCAUCCCUUUCUUCACAAACUGUUUCCCCUCCUCCCACGCUUCCUGGGGUUUUAGAGCCACCUUCUGUUCCUCUUCCCCCUCCUCUGCCUGGGAUGCCAGGGCCACUCCCUUCUCCCCUUUCUCCUCUGCCUGAGAUAUCAGAGCCACUCCUUCCUCCCCCUCUGCCUGGGAUCCCGAGAUUGCCCCCUCCCCCACCACCUCUGCCUGGGAUGCCUGGGUUGCCCCCUCCCCCACCACCUCUGCCUGGGAUGCCUGGGUUGCCCCCUCCCCCACCACCUCUUCCCGGUAUGCCAGGGUUGCCCCCUCCCCCACCACCUCUGCCUGGUAUGCCAGGGUUGCCCCCUCCUCCACCACCUCUUCCCGGUAUGCCAGGGUUGCCCCCUCCCCCACCACCUCUUCCUGGUAUGCCAGGGUUGCCCCCUCCUCCACCACCUCUUCCCGGUAUGCCAGGGUUGCCCCCUCCACCACCACCUCUUCCCAGUAUGCCAGGGUUGCCCCCUCCACCACCACCUCUUCCCGGUAUGCCAGGGUUGCCCCCUCCACCACCACCUCUUCCCGGUAUGCCAGGGUUGCCCCCUGUGUCUCAGUUUGGGAUACCAGUACCACCACCUCCUCCCACUCUAUCUGGUUUUGGAAUUAUGGCAACUCCAGCUCUUCCAUUUGGAUUGCUUCCCAAGAAACUUUACAAACCAGAAGUUCAACUUAGGAGAACUAACUGGUCCAAGAUUACAGUACAGGAAUUAUCUGAAGACUGUUUCUGGGUGAAAGCUAAGGAGGAGCGUUAUGAGGAUGAUGAUCUUUUUGCCAAGCUAACACUUCGUUUCUCAACUGCACAGACCAAAUCAAAAAAGCAACCCGAGGGUGGAGAAGAAAAGAAUCAAGCUAAGAAGAAAGUCAAAGAGCUGAGAGUGCUAGAUUCAAAAAAUGCUCAGAACCUUUCAAUUUUUUUGGGCUCCUUUCGCUUGCCUUAUGAGGAAAUCAAGAACGCCAUCUUGGAGGUGAAUGAAGCUGUGUUGACUGAAUCCAUGGUGCAGAAUCUGAUUAAGUUAAUGCCUGAACCAGACAAAUUGAAGAUGAUAGCAGGACUGAAAGAAGAAUAUAAUGAACUAGCUGAGUCUGAGCAGUUUGGAAUUGUGAUUAGUUCAGUUUCCCGUCUGCCAUCAAGACUCAAUGCUAUACUUUUCAAGCUACAAUUUAAUGAACAGGUAGAAAAUAUAAAGCCAGAUAUUGUUGCUGUUACAGCAGCCUGUGAGGAACUCCGCAAUAGUGAGAACUUUGGUAGUCUUCUUUCCAUUAUCCUACUUGUGGGCAACUACAUGAAUUCUGGCUCCAUGAAUGCUGGUGCCUUUGGAUUCAACAUUAGUUUCCUUUGCAAGCUUCGUGACACAAAGUCAGCUGAUCAGAAGAUGACCUUACUUCACUUCUUGGCAGAAACAUGUGAACUGCAUUAUCCAGAUAUCCUGAAUUUUCCUGAUGAACUCAUCCAUGUGGAGAAAGCUUGUCAAGUUUCUGCUGAAAUUUUGCGGAAAAAUCUGGACCAGAUGAACAAACAGAUUUCAGAUCUACAGCAUGAUGUUAACAAUUUCCCCAGUAGUACAGAAGAGAAGGACAAAUUUGUGGAGAAAAUGACCAGCUUUGUUAAGGAAGCCCAAGAACAAUAUGAGAAGUUACGAAUGAUGCAUGCAAAUAUGGAAAACCUUUAUGGGGAAUUAGGACAAUACUUCCUCUUUGACACCAAUAAGAUAUCUAUUGAGGAGUUCUUCACAAAUCUGCGCAAUUUCAAAAAUAUGUUUGUGCAAUGUGUGAAGGAGAAUCAGAAAAGGCGUGAGAUGGAGGAGAAGAUGCGCAGAGCUAAACUAGCAAAAGAAAAAGCAGAGAAAGAACGUCAAGAAAAGCAAAAGAAGAGAGAACAAUUGAUUGAUAUGAAUGCAGAAGGAGAUGAGACAGGAGUUAUGGACAGUCUACUAGAAGCCUUACAGUCAGGUGCAGCCUUCCGUAGAAAAAGAGGACCACGCCAAGGAAACAAAAAUCUUGGCUGUGCAAUCACAUCAUUACUUGCUUCAGAGUUGACAAAGGAAGAUGCUCUUGGUGCAAAAAAACCACGCAGAGGACUUAAAAAGGAUGAGGAUGUAGAGGUCACUGAAGAAACUCUUGAUGAAACCACUAACGGGGCAAGCAGUCGUCAAAAUUAGAGUUGGGUGACAACUAGGACCAGUGCCUUUGGCAUGAAACCUGUUUUACAAAGGAGCUGAAACAACACGAAGUCACUUUGCAGUUUUCCCUUUCACAUUUAUAUACAUGGGAUGAAGAAGCAAAUAAUCACUUCAGCUUGUGUCAUUCUAGGGCUGUUUUGCAAGAUCUUUAAAUCUCUGGUCAUAUUCUUUGAAUCUUGAAUUUGCUUCCUGCCUUCUUGUCUCAGUAUCAGAAAUGCAAAGGUUUUUGCUGACUUAGUAACAUGUUUGGAACAAAGGUGGGAGUUUGUGCUCUAUUUACCUACUUCCCUGCAGGCAGGAUUGGGAACACAUUCCCAAGAAGAAAAAUAUGGCACAGAAGAGAGGCUAACGGUCAGAACCGGGUCUGCCCAUGAAUCUCGCUGUAUUGAUGUUGCCAAAGCAGGAAUGCAACAAACUGCCUUAAUUAUGACUUUUUAAAUGUUUUGAUUGGGCAUCCUCAUCCCAAGAUAUUUUUUUUCUCAAAAGCCUUCUCUUCAUUAAUGCUAAUAGAAUGAGCUGAUCCCUUCAAAUAUAGGAGGGAGGAUUAUUGGAUAUUUUAGCUAGAUUUGUCUUUUCCCAAUGCACUGUGCAUUUUUUUUUCUUGCCUAUCUUAUGCUGGAAAAGAAAAUGACUCAGAGAUCAUUUUAUCACUGUGGUGACAGGGUUCUGUGCAAACAUUGUAGAAAAUGUUUUCUUUGAAGUGAAAUAAUUUUGCUGUUCUGCUCAGCUGCUAUUCCCCUUUUUAACACAAAAUCUUACUAGUGAAAUGGUAAUAUCAAUGACCUAUUGAGAAAGAAAGUAUGGAUGGUUUGCUGUUGCUGCAUCUAUCCCUGCAUGCUUUUGAACUAAGGUUAAUAAAGUGAUUUACUCAGCCUCAGAAAGGGGUUUUAAGCCCUUUUUAGUUGAGUGAAAAUGCUCAUUGCAACUCCAAAGGAAUGAAGCUGGGAUUGUGUUUCUUCACUGAAUACUCUUCAUGGAAGACUGAUUGGUAAAAUUAUGCAUUUAUUUAAUCUUUUGUGGUAAAAUCCUUUGUAUCAUACAGCACAUUUUUUGAAAUAUGCCAUGUAAGUUUCACAUAAAUUAAAGCUUGCAUUCUUGCUUGCUUUAACAAGUAAUAUGUACAUCAAUGUAUCUUAAUUUCUAUACAGUGGUGGAAGUGGGCUGGAUUCCCCCCCCCAUACCUUAAGGCCACUUUGACAGAACUAAUUUUCUAUAAAAGUUUGUUUAACAAGGAACUUCAGUGAAGAUAAAAGAAAAAUAACAAAUAUAUACAUACUGUUAAAAUUGUUUGUGCAUUCUCCAGUAUUUCAGGGCAACCAAUCACUAUCUACCCAUAGAUUUUGUCCUAUGGCAUGUAGCCAGCAUGUAUGUGUGGCAGAAAGAGAAAUUUGUAACAUUGACUGAUUAUCGGCAUUCAUGUUGGAAUGAAUAUGAUAGGCUUCAAGAUAUAUGUUAUGAACAUCUGUAAACUUCAGGACAAAUCAUUGGAUGCUGGCAACUUUUUAACAUGAUUGAUACCAUUCACUAGAUAAAAAAAA